GGCGGGAAGGUUAAGUUAGUCCCAGACUGGGCUGUACAGGUCUGACUUGUUCAGCACUGAGAAGUUGCCCUUCAUAGAGACAGGUGCUGUCGUGAGCAGAGCUGUGAUGCGUUCUUGAGAAGAGUGGAGACGCCAGACCAGACGGUUUGCUAUUUUCUCAUGGAUCCCUUCAUGAGACACAAUGGGAACCUGCAGAGACAGAACGCGGCAGAUUUCCCUCCGUCUGAUCCAGACUACCCAGAGGAGGCUUUUUACUAUAACCUGAUGCCUGAAAAUGACGCUAAGCCUCAAGGAGGUUCUUGGAAUAUUGACCAUCAGGAUUAUGGCCCUCCACCAAUUCCACCCAAGGAUACUAGGACUCGCGAUCCCGUGAGAACAGAACCUGCGCCCCCUCCCAUUCCCCCCAGGAAAAGGCCACCACAAAUCCACGACAGGAAGAUGUCUGUGAACACCAUCCCUACACCGCCAAAUAGACUAACACGAUCACACACACAAGUGGAGACUCGAGAUCCGUGGGCCAUCAUCUUAACUAAGUGUCCAGAGGGGAGCACUAAAGAUCUGGCUGUUUUUUGCAGCACAACAUUCCAACUGAAGUCACAGUACAAGCACACAAACUUUGAUCAGAACUCCGGUUUGGUGUGGGGCCGACUUGUGCAAAUCCACCCCUCCCUGCUCCACAAGGUGGAGGUGGAGUUCACCGUAUCCACCGAAGAGGACAACCACCAGCUUCCCCUCCCCACAGAGGCAAACAACCCAGUGCAGCAGCUGAUUGAGGAUUUUUUAGAGCUGGUUGACCUCGACCCCAGAAGAGCCGGGGAAUAUGUUGUGAAGUUUUGCGACUCCGAGGAGUAUCUGAAAAAUGAUGAACUCCUUGCCGUGUACGAGAAAGUACAGAUGUGCCACAAGUUGAAACAGGUGAUCCACCUGCGGAUCAUCCAUGUUAGCAAGCUGAACCGCCAUCUGGUCAGAGAUGCUGAAGACGACAAAGCAGAGUGUCACUUGUAUCCAUUCCUGGGUUCUGUCAAUGUCUACAACAUCUCCAGGCUCAGCAUGCAGGAAGUGCUCAACAACUAUAGCAAAGAAGUGGCAGAGCUCAUAAAAAGUCAGUCUUGGCAGAAUGUCAGUUAUGUGGUGACAAGAGUUCGCACCAUAACGAAUCUGCUGUUUGGACUCACGAGCCAAGAACUGGAGGAAGCCAUUGGUCGACUCAACAGAAUCAACCUCAAAACUUUGAGCAAUGAUGAGAUGUUUGAGUGUCAGUCUGUUGUGGUCAUGCUCCAUGGGGUCCUGCUGAAACUGCUGCAGACGUAUUUUGACAACUUCCAGUCCGACUUUACGGUUCAGAGAAUAAUCAGCAGCCCUCAAACCCGCGACGUGGACAACAACCAAGACAUUCUGCAGUUCAACAUAGUUUCUUUUUAUAAGCUGCACCCCACCUGGCUGAGCUAUGAGAGCUUUUCCCUUUCCUGCGAUUUGAUUUAUGGAGGAGUUUCAGUCUCCGAAACUGCCAUCUCGGAAAAUAUCAGCACUGCUUUGUCAUAUGGAAACAAGAUCAACUGCAACCGAACGAUGGUCUUUCCGGUUCCGAUAAAUCAGCUUCCAUACGAAUGCAUGCUGAGGUUUCGCAUAAAAGGAGCAAAGAAAGGAAAAUCCCUGGAGCUUCUAGCCUGGGUUGUUCUACCUCUGUACAGUCACGGGACUCUUAUAAGAGGAACCGUUCUCCUAAGUAUGUGCACUUUACCCGAGUUGCCUUUCUCUCCAAGUCCUGCACUGUCCGACAUCCACAAACAGGCUGAGGGGGUCAUACUCCAGCUUGAUUUUCCAGAUCAGUACGAGUGGGUUUAUCAGAGACCCGUAGCUCUGCCGGGGUCGAUCAACUUCUCUGAACCUUGCGAUGAAGUUCGAAAGAAAAUGCUGGAGAUUUCAAAGAAGCAUUGCCUCUGCUUUCUGACAAAAAACGAGAAGGCCUUCCUGUGGAGCAAACACCACUUGAGUAACAAAGGAAGCACUUUCCUCCACCUGCUGCUGGGCGGCGUGCCUCAGUGGCAGCCUAAAGACUUGACAGAAAUCUACACGGUGGUCGACAACUGGCCCAUCUACCUCCCUGAAGAGGCUCUUUUCCUGCUCACUGACAGGAUUCCUGAUGGGACCGUUCGAAAAGCUGCCGUUCACUAUUUUGAACAGAUUCCAGAUGGAGAGCUGGAGAUGUUUCUCCCACAGCUAGUUCAGGCUCUGAAGAAUGAGUGGAAGUUGAAUUCCCCUUUGGUGAUGUUGCUGUUGGACAGAUCUCUGAAGAACAUGAGGAUCUGCCAACAGCUCUAUUGGCUCCUGACAGACGCUCAUAAUGACCCAUACUAUCAAAGCUGGUUCAAGAAGAUCCAGGCAGCACUGCGACACUGCUGUGGUCAGGCCAUGAAGAAGGAGCUGGACAAUGAAGCUCAAAUGAUGCAGGUUCUUGUGCACGUGGCUGAGAUGGUGCGGUCCGCUGACAAGACCCAAAGAAAGAGUGUCUUGAACUCAUUAAAGUGGAACAUUGACCAAUUCUUCAAAGGAGGGAUGAGCUGUUGUCUACCAGUGGAUCCUGGGGUUUGUGUGAAAGGAGUCAAUCUGGAUGCCUGUAAGUUCUACAGCUCCAAUGCUGCUCCUUUGGGGAUCUCCUUCAUUUGUAAUGACCCUUUGGCCAAACAACUCAGUGUCAUCUGCAAGACAGGAGAUGACCUGAAUCAAGACAUGCUGGUGCUUCAGAUAGUCCGUGUGAUGGACUCAGUUUGGCUCCAGGAGGGGCUGGAUUUAAAGAUGAUCACUUACAGAUGCAUCUCCACAGGAAAAGCUCAGGGGCUGGUUGAAGUGGUUCCUGAUGCAGUGACGCUGGCCAAGAUUCAUCAGGAGUGGGGUGUGGGCGGAGUGCUUCGGGUUGAUUCCCUGGAGAAAUGGUUUCACAUGUUGAACCGGACUCAAGACGGUUAUGAUGAGGCUGUGAUGAACUUCAUCCACUCGUGUGCUGGGUGGUGUGUAGCCACCUUCAUCCUGGGGAUCUGCGAUCGGCACAACGACAACAUCAUGCUGAAAAGCACCGGACAUAUGUUCCACAUUGACUUUGGCAAAAUCAUGGGCAACGCACAAAAGUUUGGAAGCUUUAAAAGGGACCGAUCCCCUUUCAUCUUCACGUCUGAGAUGCAGCACUUCAUCACCGGCGGUGGGAAGACUCCUCAGCGCUUUCAAAACUUUGUGGAGCUCUGCUGUAGAGCUUAUAACAUAAUCCGAGGGCGCUCGGCGCUAAUACUCAGCAUGCUGGAGCUGAUGCUCCGGGCAGGAAUGCCAGAGCUGAAGGAUUCUAAGGAUUUGGAAUACGUCCAGAACAACCUCAGACCUUAUGACACGGACUUGGAAGCCACUGUCUACUUUACAAAGAAAAUCAAGGAGAGUAUGGAUUCUGUUGCACCAACGGUCAACUUUAUGGCACAUUUAAUGGUUCAACAGAAUAAAAAAAAGUCGGUGGUCCGGGACAACGUCCCUGCUCCUAACAACAACAUCCAGGAGGCUGUCAUUCUGCGCUUCUUUGGCAAAGGAAAGGAUAUGAUUUAUGAGCUGCAGAUAAAAAUUGACGAUGGUUAUCUGACAAGUGAGAAGACAUAUGGGGAUUUUGAGCAGAUCCAUAAAAACAUGGAGAAACACUUCAUAAAAUCACAGCUUCCUAAGUUUCCUGGGGUGUUUCAGAUGUCUUUCACUCCACAAAAGAAGAUGCAUGAGCUGAAUAACUACCUGAAGGUGCUGUUUGAGGGACCAGGCAAAGGGAAUGAGUACGUGUGCAGACUCUUUCUGGAUGGCCCCAAACAACCAAGACCAACGUUACAAGAAGGAGAAACCCCUCAGAUCCAGCUGUACAUCACCUAUGCAGAAAACAAGCUCUCAGUGUUGGUGAAACACCUGAGGAACAUUAGACAAACAAAUGGGUCCAACCCUGACGUCUACGUGGUCACGUGCCUGAAACCCGACCCUCUGGACAGCUCCAAGAGGAAGACCAAGGUGGUCCACGAUAAUGACAACCCCACCUUCAACGAAAUGCUGGUGUACAACCAUGUCCCGCUGCUGUAUGGGAUGGUGCUGGACGUGAAGGUGAAGAAUAGGAAGCAGCAGAGGAACAGGCUUCUUGUUGGAACCACAAUCAAACUCGAGGAGGAACUGCUCGAUGAGGACCGAUGGUUUAUUCUUGAGGAUGGAUCAAAUUGAUCCUGCUGCAUUGUAGGGAUUCUGCCAGCAGGGGGAGCCACCACACUAAACAAACAGUGUAUCUGUUUGUACAAAAGGGCAAAGAAAGUAUUUAAGUUAGCCACCAACUGUGGAAGUUCUCUAUAUUAUAAAGAUGAGAGAGGCCUGACAUUUUCAUCAUAGAUACAAUAAGACAUAAUGAGUUCAAACAGGUGACACUGAUACAGGUAACAAGUGGAGGAUCUUAAACAGAAGGAGCUGGUCUGUUAGUCUUGCUUGUUUACUUAUUUUACUGAGAAAUGUACCAAAUGUGUUAAAAAAAAAUAAGAUUUCAGGCCACUUUCAUCUUUUUAAGUCGGAGAACUUGCACAACUGAUGAAUACCUUUUUUUGCCUCACCCUACAGAAAUAAUUAUGCACUUUACAUAAAAAAUACAAACCUACAAUGUUAUCCUUUGACCUGCAGUUUAGCUUCUGUUAAAAACAGCGAGUCACACAUCUGACAGACUCAAGUGUUUACUUUGUGAAGCUUUUGUUAUUUAAAUGUCUAUCAAAUGUAGAUUUUAUCUGGUGAGAAACGAAGAGAACUUUUAGCUUUUUAUACUUGCACUUUGAUUUGCACUCCUGCUGUAACCUUGAAUAGCAGACAGAUAUUUGAUGUGACAGAUUAGGGAGGAGGUGAUGCUUCUGAGCUGCUUGCAUGCUACCUGCAAAGGUGUGCUUUUCCUUCAGGCUGUGUCAACUGAAGGUCCUUGACCAGUUAAAUUGAAAAAAAAAAA